AUGUCCGUCCAACCGUAUUAUCAGCAUGUGGUAGUCAAGGGGUUGCCCUAUGACCGCGGAUUCUCCUAUGGCGAGCAAACAAAGGACAAGAUCCAGCUCAAUGUCACAUACUAUAAGCAGCCGGGCAAACUAGGACCAUGGUCUUCGGUUUCGAGAGUUAUUCAAAACUGUUAUAUUCCUGGCUUGCAACGUUACUGGCCAUCGGGAUGGGAAGAGAUGCGUGGUGUUGCCGCUGGCGCUGGUGUUACAGUUGAAGACAUCGUCAUGUUGAAUGCGCGAUAUGACCUCUCGCAUGUGAAGUUCGAGCCUGUCCCCGAAACUCCCGCCGUAGAAGAGCACAAGGCAGCUGAGGCAGCUGAACCCACCGAGAAGAAUCCUCCCACCGAGGAAAAGGCCGUCGGUGAUGAACAGCAGGUCGAGAUUGCAGAAGAAUGCACCUCUGCAAUCAUCCUCGCCCCUGCGACAAGGAGCCGGGAAGUCUUCACUGCGCAGAACUGGGAUAUGUCUCACCGACUUGUCACCGAAGACGCCAUUAUCUAUCUUGAGAUUCAUCCUGAUCCCUCCGAAAACAUCCCGUCAAUGUUCCUUGUCACAGAGGCAGGUCAGCUGGGUCGCUCGGGGUGCAACAGCGCCGGGCUAGGCCUCACAGCAAAUUCCCUACAGAGCAAUAUGGAUCUAGUUCCCGAUUUAUCAAUCCCUAUUCCCCCUUCCGGGGCAUUGAGACGGCUUUUCCUUGAGCAGUCUAACUACUCAGCCGGACUGAAGCGCAUCGCCCAAACCCCGCGUCACGUCGCGUUUAAUAUAAUGGUCUCGUCUGCCGACGAUAUUGGCAUAUGUCUGGAAGUGACACCGCAGACGAUCUUCAGAUCCGUCAUUUCGUCGGGUUCGGAAAAGCCGUACCUCGUGCACAGUAACAACUUCCAGACUGGCCCUUUCCUGUCACAAACGCAAAUUGCUGAUACAUACCUCGGUGGGAGCUCAUGGUAUCGGGGUGAUCGACUCGAAGCAGGUCUGCGCAAACAGGCACAAAAGGAGAAUUUGAUCGAAGAGGAUAUUGUGUCAGCAUUCAAGGACCAUGCAGGUUAUCCGCAUAGUCUAUGUGAGCAUGUUGAAGCAAAAAGUUCCAAAGAGGAGAACUCCGGGCCAUAUUCUGGGCCCACGUCGACUGUCUGUUGUGUCGUUUAUAAUCUGUCUAAACGCACAGUGCAAGUGUGUAAAGGUUGCCCGUGCGAGGGAACAUUUCAAGAUUUCAAAUUGCGAUGA